AUGGAGAAGGGAGAAGUUUCCAACAUGCUUGGCUCUCUGAAAUGUUCCAAGGAUCCUGCCAAGCAGGAGCUUCUGGCUUACUACAAGGGACUGAGCCGGUUUGAUUCCCAGAAGGCAGAGCUUCUCAAGAAGUGGAAGGCUGACAAAAGUUGCAAGUGGCUAGGUGAAUAUAAGGAAUCUAGGACCCAGAAAGCAUCCACCACCAAUGAGGAGCUGUCCGGUUUUGCUACCAAGAUUAUUCAAAUCCUGAGGUAUGGAGUGGCUGAGCUUCUCAAGCUGCCAGUGGACUCUGGUGAGUUGAAGGUCAUCCUGAAGGAGCUUCCCCAGGAUGACAAGUGGGACAUCAAUGUGCCAGUGGAAAGGGGCUACUCCAAGGCUGGCCUUGUGCGGUAUCAUUUGGAAGGAGUCAAGGCCUUGAUUUCUACCAAGGCUGAGGACAGUUACACUGAGGAGGUCUCCCACUCCAAAGCUGGCAGUGUCCAGAAGGCUGCUGGUAAGACACUGGAGCUGGAGAAUGUCAAGAAGGAGAACCCCUUGCGUGAACAGCUGGCUGCUAAGAUGCAAGUGGCAGAAUCCGGGAAGCUCGCCCUAGAAAAGGUGCACAGCCAAAGCCAGGAUGUGGUGUUGAUGCUGAACCAGAAAUCUACCACAGACCCCGCUUUCAAGGCCAAGUACACAGAGCUCACCACCUUGUGCUCCAACUUGGGCACAUCAGUCCAGAAAGUGAGGGAGGCAAUUUUCAAAACCAAGCAGAUUCCAGCUGACAAAGUCACUCAGACUGACUUGGAUGAUUUCUGCACCAAUUUGGAAAAUUGGUCCACUUUGUUGGAUGUGGCUAGGAGCCAAGUGCGCAAAGCCAACCAGCUGCUGAGCCAGCCACACAUGUUUCACAAGAAUGCUUUGCCUCAGCUUGAUGAUGCCCCUGAUCCCCACAGAAGGCUCAGGGCCAAUCUGAGGGAUUUGUUUUUGACAAAUCAAGUCAGUGCAGAAAGGGCAUCCUCUUUGCUGACUGAUGCCCAUGGUGCUGGAGUGGAAGCCAUGGAUGAUGUAGCCCACCUGCACCAAAAGGGAAGCAGGAAUGUUCAUAGAGAUCUGUUGCGCAAAUUUGUGAAAAAGGGAAAGCACUGGCCCAAGGCCUAUUGGGCUCUGAUAGAUUUCUGGCAUCCAAAGAAGCAAGUGGUGCAGAAAGAAUGGCUUGCCUUCCUGCUCCCACACGAAUGGCUUUGCAAAUUUCUCAAACAAGCUGGUUCUUUUGAAAAGCUUGCUUCUUGGGAGGGCUUGGGACCACAGGGCCAAAGGGAUUGCCUCAGAGCCUGCAGUGAGCUAGGCACUGCUUCCCUCAUCCCACUAGCUCUGUGGGCUGAUGGUGUUCCAUACAAUUGGGACAGAUCACAAAGCCUUGAAGUCAUGAACUUGGCACUCCCUGGUGUGCCUGAAUGGGCAAACCUGCGCAUUCCUUUCACUUGCUUUGACCACAGCAGGCUUGCACCUAACACCUUUGACCAGAUUUUUGGUGUCUUGGUUUGGAGCUUGCAAAGCUUAGCAGCUGGCUUCCAUCCUUUGCACAGACAUGAUGAACAGCUGUGGAGGCCAAGUGAUGCCUCCAGGAGGAAACUGGCUGGACAGCAUUUGGGCCUUAGAGCUGUCUUGCUUUGGGUCAAAGCUGAUUGGAAAGCCUUCAAGGAAAUUUUCUCUUUCCCUGGCUGGCAAGGUCAUGAAGGCAUUUGUUGGCUUUGCAAAGCCACUCUGCUGGAUAUGCGCACCAAAACAUCCACCAAGGGGAUGGCUUUGGACCACUGGGGCUUCUUGCACAGACAGGUUCAUGUCUAUGGCAAGCCAGUGAGCACAUUGCUGGCUGCUCCUACCUUGCGGAUUCAUCAAUUCGGACCAGACUGGCUGCACACCAUGGACCAAGGCUGCGCAGCAGAUUUCUUGGGCAAUUUGUUUUUGUGGGUGGUCCUCCCCAAAUUGCCUGGCGCCAGCAAAGACGAAAGAAUCAGACAGCUUUUCCUUUUGGUACAAAAGUAUUACACGGAUCAUGCAAUUCAGCAGAGGUACAGCAACUUGACAAUCAAGAUGCUCCAGAAGAAGAGUGGCCAGCCCCCCAAACUGAGAGGCAGGGCUUCUGAAGUCAAAGGGCUUGUGCUUUUUGGCAAGCUGAUGGCUGAUGUGCAUUGCCAAGACAACCAUCCAGUGGAACACACGGUCAAGAUUGCAGCCAGCCACUUGAAGAAUUUGUAUGACAUUGUAUGGAUGAAGCCAAAGCUGCAUCUCAUGGAGGAACUCUGUGAGAAGCAAACAGAUAAUCCCCUGGACCAUUCCACUUUUAGAGAUGAAGAUUGGGGUGGGGCAGCUGCAAGGUGGGCUAGACGAAGGGCAGGCCCUGCAUCAGCUGCUAGCACUUCCAACAAUGUCAUCUCCAAGUUCUGUGCAAACAAUGCUUUGCCUCGCCUGUGCUGA